UCCUGCUAUUGCCCUGUGCUCUGGAGAUCCUGCAGCUUUGGAUGAGCAGGACGGGCCCUUUCACAUGCUCCAGCAGUUCUUAGAUGGGGUAGAUGUUGGGAUGGACCAUCUCAAAGUCCCGGAACUGGGCUUACCUGUAUCACCAGAGGCUGCAUGCAAGACUGCUCUGGGGGAAGUCAGACCUAGACAACAGCAUGCCUUCCACCGGGAACCUGAAGGGCCCCAGCUUCAGUCAGCACUUCACGAUGACGGUGAUCUGCAUAGUGCUCCUGCAGGUGCUCCUGCAGGCCUUGACUGUGGCUGUGACUUACAUGUACUUCAACAACGAGGUGAAACAGCUACAGGACAAUUACUCCAAAAUCGGACUAGCUUGCUUCUCAAAAGAAGAUGGGGAUUUUUGGGACUCCACUGACGAGGGGAUUUUGAACAGACCUUGCUUGCAGGUCAAGAGGCAACUGUAUCAGCUCAUUGAAGAGGUGACUUUGAGAACCUUUGAGAAAACCAUCUCUACAGUUCCAGAAAAGCAGCUAAGCACUCCUCCCUUGCCCAGAGGUAGAAGACCCCAGAGAGUGGCAGCUCACAUUACCGGGAUCACUCGGAGAAGCAACUUAGCCUUAAUUCCAAUCUCCAAGGAUGGAAAGACCUUGGGCCAGAAGAUAGAAACCUGGGAGUCCUCUCGGAGAGGGCAUUCAUUUCUCAACCAUGUGCACUUGAGAAACGGAGAGCUGGUGAUCCAGGAGGAGGGCCUGUAUUACAUCUACUCCCAAACGUACUACCGGUUCAAGGAGGCUAAAGAAGCUUCCAAGACAGUCUCGAAGGACGGAGGGAGGAUCAAACAGAUGGUGCAGUACAUCUACAAAUACACCAGCUACCCCGAUCCCAUACUGCUGAUGAAGAGUGCCAGAAAUAGCUGCUGGUCCAGAGAAGCUGAGUACGGACUGUACUCCAUCUAUCAGGGGGGGCUGUUCGAGCUCAAAGAAAAUGACAGGAUUUUUGUUUCCGUGACGAAUGAGCAUUUGAUGGACCUGGAUCAAGAAGCCAGUUUCUUUGGAGCCUUUUUAAUUAACUAGACGACCUGCAAUGAUCAAACACACCCCUAAAAUACCCAGUAAUAUUCUAGGUCGAAGGCAUCCCAAGAAAGUGACUAAACUGGUUAGGGUAUGGCCUGGCUGCAGAAACCUCAGGGCAGAUGUGACAGAAAGGCAGCUAGAACACAGCACCCUCAGGCCAAAAACCCAGCCAUAGACACCAGGUUUCAUUGAGGGACUUGCUUUGUUCCCCCAAAAUGAGAUCGCUGUAGGCUUUCAAUGAUCUACCUGGUACCAGUUUACAGAGAUCUAGAAGAUAUUCAGUCUCUAAAUGUUUAUGCAACAGUUGACAAUUUUCACCUUUGUUAUCUGGUUCAGGGGUGUGAAACCCAGUGCUCAAGGGCUGUGUGCAGAUGAGGAUAGCUCUGGAUGCAGUCAGCAUAAAAAUCAUGAAAUAUCUCACCUACAACAUUAGAGUGUGUGAGUGCGUGAGUGUGCCUAUGUGUGUGCAGGUGCGCCUUCGUGUGUGCAUGCAUGCAUGCAUGUGUGCGUGUGCAUGUGUGUGUGUGUGUGUGUGUGUGUGUGUGUGUGUGCAAGAGCGCGCAGGCGUGUGCCCAUGUGGAUGACUGGUAACUGGCUAUGUGCUUCUCGAGUGUGAUAACAUUAUGUCCCAUCAUCAGUGGGUACCUUGCCCAAAGAAUGUAUGAAAUCUCCAGACUGGGAACCUGAGCAAGGACAGGGACAAUGAUCCCAGGGGAGAGGUCAGCUCUGCCCUUUUGUUUAAGUGUCUAGGCAAAAGCUUUCUUACAGACCAGAAGGGGCCAGUUUAUUGUCACACACCAUGAGUGCCACCAGGUGGCGAGAUUCCCUUAAUUUCGUCAGUAUCAAGUCCUUUAAAGGUGUAAGAGUAUAACCGUCUACAAAUUCUUGGGCUUAAAAACACAAAAUUAAAACGAAGAGAGGUUGCUUACCUUGGGACUAUAGGCAAUUGGAGCUAAACACAAGAAAUAAGCUUGUGCAACCGGAUGGAGCUCCAGGCUUUGGCUGAAUCUGUGAGGAAGAAGAUGGGGCUUCACGUGGUGAAAUCCCAGACUCCCGAGGUUUCGUUUAUUGGAUGGUUUUGGUUUUUUGAGACAGUGUAGUUUUGACUAUCCUGGAACUUGAGACCUCGAACUCAGAGAUUCGCCUAGCUCUGGCUCCUGAGCGCUGCAGCUAAAGGCACGCGCCACCACGUGUGUUCUGGUUGGUUUUUGUGUUGAGUUCUAGGUCAUGCUGGUCUUUCUUCUUAAAAGCCCUUUAGAAAGCCAUACCGAAGACGAUCUAGUUAUAAUAAAUAGUCACAGAGGGAGGAAUGGACUCCCGAGUCUUCCUGUUCUGUGACAAAUCAACGCACAAAACACCCGAGAUCACAAAAUACAACCACUAGAUUUUGCAUAAUAAUAUUUUCAAGAGUUUCACCACAGGCUUCCUGCGAGAGUAAGUUUGAGUUCUGUAUUAAGAAUCUGAGGUGUGUUCUUUUGUUUGGUUGUUUUGUUGUUGUUUUGGUUUUUGUUUUUAAGUGAAGCAGAAUUUAAGUCGACCUUUCUAAAUUCUCUUUGCUCCCAAGGGAGGGCUCUGUGAAGCCUGGAGUCUCAACAAUUUGGCCCUGCCUCCUGUUAUUACAGGCGGUGGCCUUCCCCACACCAUUGCUGCCUAUGAGUUUUCUUGGUGAUAGGGUCUCUCCCAUUACUGGCAGCCAGCAGCGCCAUGAGAUUCUCCUGACAGUUGGCCAUAUCGGCUUUUUGCACGGAUGAUGGGGAUUUGAACAUGAGAUUCUCCUGACAGUUGGCCAUAUCGGCUUUUUGCACGGAUGAUGGGGAUUUGAACAUGAGAUUCUCCUGACAGUUGGCCAUAUCGGCUUUUUGCACGGAUGAUGGGGAUUUGGACACAGUUUUUCAUGCUUGAGCCAUAGCUGCUCUUACCACUGAACCAUCUUCCCAGCACAAUCGCUGCUACUUUUUUUUCUUUCUUGGCAAAUCAGUUCAUCUCUGUAGUUUUCUAUUAUUUUAGACAUUUACUAUAGUUUGGCAUAAAAUCCAUUAUUGAUGUCAGAUAUUUUCUUUAACCAGCUUUUUUUAUAUAUAUUCUUGAAAUAAAGGGCUAAAUAUAUAUAUUUUUUCAUCUGUGAGUCAUGAAAAUCUUAAGGAGAAUUUUUCUUUUUCUCUCUUUUCUUCUUUCCUUCCAAGUUGAAAGCAGUGAAGCCAGAAAGAAAAUUAACUGUGAUGGGGAUUAUUUCAGAUGUAUCGAUAUCAUUUCCCCCGGCUGGGAAAUGUUAAACUUUGUAAACUCUGAAGCACACAAAGUGUUCCUUCCCAUUUUACUUUAAUAAAAAUAAAAGCAAAUGCA